AUUGUGUGUUCUUAAUCCAAGAGAAUGAUUAGCAAAUUACAUCUAAGUUGGCAAAACGAAAGAUAAGCAUUGUGUGUCGUUGAUUAGAAAAUAUGUAUGAGUUAUUUAUAGACGCGAGCAAUUUUGCACUACAUAUUUGGAAUAAGUGAGAACUGAAGUGUUUCCAUUUGAUGAGAAAUUAGUCGUUUGUUCAUCCCUCUCCGCUCGUCGUCUUGCUCUCUCCCACCGUCAAGGCGACUAUAAUGACUCCUCGUGGUGGGACGAUACCGGAAGUGAAGUCAGAACGGCGGAACCAGACGUUCACUCAAUGGAAAGUUUGAGCUCUACCGGCAAGCGUGGCAGCUCUCUAAAAGAGGUGGCUAUACACACUCGCACGCGUCACUCGUUCCAGCGCGAAGGAAGGAAAAUCCGCUUCCUUCGACCGGCGCAUUCGACAUUCGCGUGGACGCGAGUCACGCGCGAACAGCUUGCGCGAGGAAAAUCUGUGCACAUCGAUCCGAGAUUGAAAGUGUGACGUUUUGAAGAAAAUUGAUUAAGCAUUCAAUGAAAGCUGCGGGUGUUAAUAUUCGGUCGGAUAUCCAGUACGCGAAAGGAAGAUUAGGAAGAGGACAAGGGAUCGGAGAAAAGUAAUCCGAGGAUUCAAGAGCGAUAACGUGAAUUGAUUAAGGACUGAAUUAGAAGAGACAGAUGGACACUGAUUUAAUUUGAUGUGUCGUAUUGACUGAGAAACUUUUAUCGAGAUCGAUGAAUAAGAAACUAAGAAAUUAGACGCCCGCGAAAAGAGUAAGUGAAUAUUAAUCGAGAAUCCUGAUCGAGAGAAUUCAAAUUGAUUUAAUCAAAUGAUAGACUUAAGAUGGAUGAUAGAUCAAUCAAGUAGAAAAGAGGCAUACACAGCUAAGUUAAUGCAUAAUGAAAAAACGAGAAACAUUUAUUCGGGGUUGCAUUAACGUCGCAAAUAAAGUACGUUUUAUUGUGAAGCACCGGAAGUCUCGGGGAGCAGCAAAUAACAUCGUCGAGUAAUCAAGGCAGCGGUUGAAUAAAUUGGAUCGUACUGGAUAUUACAAGAACUGUCGAGAGAGAAAGAGAGAGAAGAGAAAAAAGAACACUUAAGGAAGCUUGCCAUUAAGCUAUGACAAAGAAAAAGUUUUCUCUCCGCGAAGAAGGAAGAGGACGAUAAAUUUGCGGGAGAUAUUAUACAUUAACUUCCAUUUCGGGAACAGUGCGUGGAAAUGUAAAAACGCCAACGUAUUUGUGAUAAAUUAUUUGUAGUUUCAUCUGGAAAAUCGAAGAAAAUGAUCGGCGCAUUGUUUCGAAAUGUUUUUGCCAAAGUAAAUACGUUGGGAAUUUAGAUUUGUAUGCGAGAACAUUCUCACAAAAUAAAAGCAAAGAAAAGUUAUUCUAUAAUACAUAGUCGACUUCAAAUGUGCGUUUUCUUUUCGUGCGCAACAUGAAAAAUAGGCGAGUUUUCACCGUGCCGAACAAUAAGCAUUUUCGCGUGAAAGUGAUGACAGAGAGAUGAUGACAGUCUUUGGGAAAAAAAAACCUGUGUGAUUUCGUGGGUGAGACAAAGAGUUCUCUGUGAAACGGAAAUUCAUCGCAAAGAAUGCUAAUUAACCCAAUUCCUCUCGAGGAGUUGUGUUACAAAACAACGUACGUUUUAAUUCAUUGUAUUAUCGGUCUGUGUUUCCUUAAUUAAAAUGAUAUAUUGUCUCAAUCAUAGAAAGGAUGCAGGAAACCAAAAACUUAAAUUAAUGUACAUACUUUAAUGAGAAAAGAAUGCCCGGUCUUCUUCCGUGUGCAAGAAAUUGACGAAACUAUUUUGAAAUGUAUGGUACAAAUUAAUGAGCUUGGUAAUUUUACGAAGUGCUCGUCGUAUCCAACGCAGCAGCUGCAGUCUGUCAUCAUCGAAUCUCUUCCUCGUGCAAAACGAGAAAUUUGCUGACGUGUGACGAAGGGACAUUUAAUUCGAAUUACAUCUUGGGUGGUCCUCAUUCAAGCCUUAGUCGUCAUCUGUACAUCUUUCUCGUGAUUGAAACAUUAUAUUUUCCGACGAUUUGGGACACAUUUUAGACCUUAAAUCGUAGAACGACGAUUAUAGUAAUCGACUAUGGGCGCGGGAAACCUAUGGAAGAGUGCAUAUUAUCCGAAGAAACACGCAUCAAAUUGAUGGGACGUUGUUUGUCACUAUCGUUAACUUCGUUCGAGGGACCAUCCAGGGUGAAAACAAGGGACUCGAAGUGCAUUCGUGAAAGUAUUCGUCAGAGAUGGUCAGCCAACACGCGAUGGCCACCACCGUCCGCAAAGUUAAGCAGGAGAAUCGUCUCAGGCGGCAGAAUCAGAAUCAAGAUGAAGAGGGACCUUACAAGCCAGUGCCACCGCCGAAGCCGGUGUCGAACAAUCAGAAGAAUAAUCAGGACGGUCAGCAGGACGAGCAACGGGAACAGACGGUAGUCGAGCGUUUGUCAUUGCGAACGACUUCCGGUCCGGAAAGGACCAGCGUCGCGGAGAACGGGCAGGUUCGAAGCGCGUCCGGGCAGCCCUUUGCGCCGGAAUACAGAAUGCCACCUUUGUACGGGGAGGAGCAGAGUUCGGGUCAGGCUCAACAGGCGGCCAGUUUGCAGACUCACAGCAGCAAGUUUCCGAUAGAACGCGAGUUGGUCCUGUCAUCGGGAGACAAAAAUUCCAAGAUUCCUAUUCUUCACGAGUACAAACAGAGGACCGCCGGAAGAGCCAUUGCGCCGGAUGCGCCGAUUAAGCAACAGGCUUGGGUUCAAGAGGGAACUCAGAUGCAGGAAAUGAGACAGGACGGUCAAGCGAGGAAUUAUCAGUCACAGGACACCUACUCAUCGACAUCCGGAGCGGUACCGAGGACGACGAAGAUCGACGAGGAGAAGACGAAGUCGCUGUCUAGGACCUACCACACCAUUAAGGACAUGAUCUCGAGCCGUUUCGGACCGAGUCGUAAGGACGUCGAGCCGGAACCGGAAGCCAGUCUAAAUAACGUCACGGAGGAGCUGCGAAAGUCAAGCAGAAGCAUCGACGACGACGAGGCCAGGAAGAAGGAAGGAAUCUACGGGAAACCUCGCGCGCAAGAGCCGUCGGUUAACGUGCAGCAAUAUUCGAAAAAUGCUUACGGCCAGUACGGUCACUCAUACGUCUAUCAAAGCAACCAGCAAAACGUACCUUUGCCAGGCCAACUACAGCCAACCACGGCCAUUCAGCCGAAUUUACCGGGACAGAGUGCUCAGCUCCACGUGAGCCACCACACUCCGCCAGGAGGAGUUCAAACGGUUCAUCAAACCCAAGUUUCUGCUUUUGGCCAAACCGCGACAGGUGCGCAGCAGGUGCAGAAUGUUACGAGAGAAUACGUGGUUCAGACACCGAGCGGUAUGACUGGCCAACAAAUGCAUCAAGGAGUCCAUCAAAGUCCCGCGCAAGGACAGGGGCAAGGCACGCAAAAACCGCACGGUCUAUCCGUGCAGCAGCAUCAAGUAGGUAACGCGAUGCCGCCGACGAGCCAAAGCUUCCAAAGUCCCCAGCAGUUGCUCCAUCAAAAUCAAAAUCAUCACCAGAGUCCGCGGUUCGCGCAGCAGCACGCCCAGAAUUUGCAUCAACGUCAGUUGAUCCAGCAGAUGCAUCAGCAACAAAUGACUGGACAGCCAAAUUCGCAAACAGCAAGCGCGCGAAAUGUACAGCAGUCGUACUUCGCUAAUAGCGUCUCCUAUCAACAAUACCAGCAGGCCAGACAGGCCAUGUCGAGAUCCCAAAUCGAUCUUCCGAGCACAUCCAGACAGGCGCAAGAACUUCGUGUGUCGGGCCAGGAGAUGUACUAUCAUUACGCUCAGGGUAGACCUCGAUACGGCGUUCCCCAGGUCUACAUGAAGACCGAGAGCACUCAGGAGACAGAAUUCCAGAGGCGGAACUCCGCCAAGGGUAUCGAGAAGGCGGCUUCGCAACCGCAGCUCUGUUAUGAAGACGAGCGAAACGCUGAAGCCGCGAAGAAUCCCACGGAGAACAUGAAGAACCUCGCGGUGGACCCAUUAGACAAGGAGAGAUACGAGAUCACAGUGGAAGAUCGAAAUCAGGGUGAAACGCCUGGAAGAAACGGAUCGCAAAGGAACGAGGAGUACCGUCCGGAGACCAGCUUUGGUAUACGACGAGAUGAGACACGGGCCUCGAAGAAGGAACAAGAGCAAGGAUCGUCAGGUCAAGAGGGAAGUCACACAGCGGAGGGCAACUCCGUACAAAAGAGAAUUGAGGAGUUGCAGAAAAGAGCGGAGCAGGAGGGUCAUUUUAAUUCUAAACUCGCUAGCGAUGCGGAUGGCUUGAGAGUCGGCCUGGCCACGAAAAUGAUCGGCGAAGCGUCGAAGAGGCUCGAGGGCGGGCAAUACUCUGGAAAAGAGACCGUAGUGAAAUCGGAUAACAGGAAAGACGACCUGGAGCAGGGUAUUGGCCGGUUGAAGAUCCAGAAUCAAGGUUCCGGCUCGGAUUACGACAAGGCCGGUCAGAGUUCCUCGAAUGUCGAUUCCGGAAGAGGCUCCGCAAUUUAUUCAAGCGGAAGACGCCCGCCGCCCGAUGAUCACACUCUGGCACAAGUACAAGACUCCGAAUGGGUCGACAUAGUGGAGUCUGAGUUGAGGAGUAUUCUGGAGCCCAGGGACGUUCCAGCGAUGGCGCACUCUACCUUGUCCGAAAGUGUAUCCUCAGUGACACCACCUCUACCGCCGUUGUCACCCCAUGACAGUCCACGUACACCGAGAAAUCGAUACUCAACGAGUUUACCGUAUGGGUUGAAACCAAAUUACAGCGAUUAUAGCAAGGCUAUGGAGAAGAGAGGUUUCUCGAGCAGCGCAAAACAUCGUGGCGCUUCAACAUCCAAGAAGGAAGCUGCGAAAAAGUUUUCUCAUCUUUUCGGAGUAGAAGCCGCUGAUUUAACAUCCACCACGACGGGACUUGAUUUGGAUUCUAUGUUAGAUAGGAGUGAUUCUGAUCUCAGUACUACCGAUGCAAGAACGAUCAGGAAACAAUUGGAAGGAUUAGAAAAUAUGUACAGCGAAGUACUUAAAUUACUCGGCGGAAGCGUGAAAAAGAGACGGAAGGCGAGAGGACUUACUAGUUAUGGUUCCGUUUCAUCGUUGCCAACAUCGUCCGUGUCAUCCAGACCUGUCACGAGGCAUCAUGACAAACGUAGAUCCCACGUGAUAGAUGACAGGAUGAAGAAAGCCAAAGACAUCAAGAGCAUCAACAAGCGUUUCCAGCGAUUGGAAUCGCAUGUGGUGACAUUGGCAAGAUCUGUGGCACACUUAAGUUCAGAAAUGAGGACUCAGCAUUUGAUGAUACAGGAAAUGGAGAGCAUAAAAUGCGAGAUUGCGACUCUAAGAACGCAAACGAGCAUGGCGAUGGUCAGGUCACAUUCGCAACCCCUGAUCAAGGAUUCGGAACUGCCGGCGCUUUCCAAUCCUUCGAGGGUGAAGAAAUUGACCAAGUUCUUCGGCACGGAGCCUCCUCUUAUCAGAUUAUUUCUGAGGGAACUUGGGUAUGAGAAAUACGCAGUUGCUUUCGAGAAAGAAAAAGUCGGAAUGGUGGAGCUGCCUUAUCUGAGCGAAGAGAGGCUACAGAAGAUGGGAGUUCCUUUGGGUCCGAGGCUGAGGAUCCUUCAGGAAGCGAGGAUUUCAGUAUGCAAAGAUCCGAUUUACGUAGUAUGA